AUGGACGUGCUGGCCGAGGGCGCUCGCCGCAUGGCGGCGGCAGCUGUGGCGCCUUCGGCGUCCCCGUUCGUCAUGGACACGCCCAAUGUGAUCGGCCUCCUGCUCAGCGCCCUAGUCGCCUUUAUAAGCGGCCCCGGCGGCCAGGGGGGCAGCAGCUUCUACGUAUGCGUGUUCUGCGUGCUGCUGAAGUUGCCCCUUGCAGAGGCGGCCGGCACGGCGGCGUUUGUCGUUUUUGCGGGCUCGGUGGCCAGCGCGCUGUCUGCGAUGGGCCGGCUCAACCCCGCAUCAGCCAAGCCGGCGCCGCUGAUCGACUACGACUCAGUCUUGGUCAUGCUGCCGCCGAUGCUCCUGGGCAUCGCCUGGGGAGUACUCGUCAACGCCGUCCUCGCGGAGUGGUGCCUCAACCUGCUGCUACUGAUGACGUGGGCCUGGAUGGUGUACACCCUAACGCGCUCCCUCAUCCGCACCGUCCGCCUCGAGCGCCGCCGCAAGGCGGCUGCGGCCGCCGCCGAGGAGCGCGCUGCGGCGGCGUGA